GUUGUUGGUUGCACGGGGAUAGGACUAGGAGAAGGAGAGGAGGCCGGCCGGUCCUCCUCGAUCGGUUUUAUUUAAGAAGCUCCUAGGCUGCAAGCAUCCUUUGACGCGCGCAUACAAAGCAGAGGAGAGCAACCACUACCCCUCUCCCCCACCCCUUCUCUCCAAAAGAACCAAGAACAACAACACACGGCCGGGAUCCAGAUGAUGCUCCGGCUAGUCCGUGAAGCCAGGAGGGCGGUGGCCGGCUCAGGGGGAGGGCUAUCGUCGACGGCGCCCAAGGGGAGGCUGGAGGGGAAGAUCGCCCUGAUAACCGGAGGAGCAGGCGGGCUGGGGAAGGCCACAGCCCAAGAGUUCAUCGAGGAGGGCGCAACCGUAGUCCUCGCGGACAUCAACUCGGACCUAGGCCACCAAGCAGCCCAAGAGAUCGGCCCAGCGGCCCACUUCGUCCACUGCGACGUCUCCCUCGAGCCCAGCGUGGCGGCAGCCGUAGACGAAGCCAUGGCCCGCCACGGCCGGCUGGACAUCAUGUUCAACAACGCUGGCAUCGUGGGCUCCCUGGCAAACACGUCCGAGAUGGCGACCCUAGACCUGGCGAAAUUCGACGCCGUGAUGAGCGUCAACGUACGCGGCACCAUUGCCGGGAUCAAGCACGCGAGCCGGGUCAUGGCGCCCGCGGGAUCGGGAUCCAUUCUUUGCAUGGGUAGCAUCAGCGGCCAGAUGGGCGGGCUAGGGACGUACCCUUACGCGGUGUCGAAGAUGGCCGUGGCCGGCAUCGUCAGGGCUGCCGCGGCAGAGCUGGCCCGCUGCGGCGUCAGGGUGAACUGCAUCUCGCCGCACGCGAUCGCGACGCCCAUGGUGGUAAGGCAGUUCGUGGAGAUGCUGGGGGGUCGAGUUGGGGAGGCCGAGGUGGAGAAGAUCGUGCGGGGGCUCGGGGAGCUCAAGGGUGCUACGUGUGAGACGGCGGACGUGGCCAGGGCUGCCGUGUACCUCGCGUCCGAUGACGGGAAGUAUGUGUCCGGGCAUAACUUGGUGGUGGAUGGCGGGUUUACUACUUACAAGUACAUGAACCUGCCGUUCCCCAUGCCACAGUGAGCCAGUGAGCGACUGGCUGAGCAGCUGCUUUUAGCUGUCUGUUCGUUCGUGUGGCUUUUGUAAAAAAAAUUGGACCUGAUUAACCGUGCAAGGGAGGAUCGGAGAAGAAGGCAAGGAUGUGUGUGUGUUGUAUGCGCUUUGGUGUAGAGGUUUGUGAUUCUUGUUGUGUAUGCUGGCAAGGCAGUGGAAGUGGGAUAGAAAGGAAUGUGGGGCGGUUUGAAAUUUCAAGUGUGGAGUCGAUGUGUAUUGAUAGUGUGAGAUUCUAAUGUUGGAUUUAGUCAAACAGAUUACCAACUUUUGAUUUAA